AUGGUAACAUUGAAAACAUUCCCUUUAGCACACGUUUUUGAGGCUAAUAUAUGGAUGCUCACUGACCUCCUACUGCUUUAUUCAGUUUAAAUAGAUAGAUAUACAAAGAACCCACUGGAGAUUUCACGUUAAAAUAUUUAGAGUAUAAUCAUGAGCAGUUUCAGAUGUAUGCAGACUCUGUGCAGUUACAGCCGCAGAAUCAUUCGGAUUCAUACACAAACAAUCACUCCCACAAGGAAUCUUUACUACAGGUCACGACAGGACCUCCUUAAACAUGAGCAUGUUAAAAUUGCACACAAGCGUCAACAGUUCAAAUCCACUGUUGUCCAGGAAGAACGGAGUGAGGAUUCCAUAUUGAAAUGGUUUCUGCUGUUGAUCCCUAUUACCACCUUUGGCCUUGGAACCUGGCAGGUAAAGCGGAGGCAGUGGAAGCUGAAGCUGAUCGAAGACCUUCAUUUAUUGACGACUGCAGAACCAAUCCCGCUUCCCACAGAUCCUGCAGAGUUGAAGGAUCUGGAGUACCGGCGUGUGAGGGUCCGUGGUCGGUUCGAUCACUCUCAGGAGUUGUACAUCCUGCCACGUUCGCUGGUGGAUCCUGAGAGAGAAGCUCGAGAGGCAGGCAGACUGUCAUCCAGUGCAGAAAACGGAGCUAACGUCAUCACACCGUUCCACUGUACUGAUCUAGGGAUUACCAUCUUGGUGAAUCGAGGUUAUGUACCCAAAAAUAAAAUUAGACCAGAAACAAGGACGAAGGGGCAGGUGACUGAUGAAGUGGAGCUGGUGGGUGUGGUGCGUUUGACGGAGCAGCGCAAACCGUUUGUUCCUAAGAACAACGUGGAGGCCAAUCGGUGGCACUAUCGGGACUUGGAGGCUAUGGCGAAAGUGACUGGUGCUGAGGAGAUCUUCAUCGAUGCUGUGUUGGAGAGUACAAUCCCAGGAGGACCAAUAGGAGGACAGACAAGAGUAACACUGCGGAACGAACACAUGCAGUACGUCAUUACAUGGUACGGACUGUGUGCUGUUACUUCCUACAUGUGGUAUGCAAAAUUCAUCAAACGCCUCAGCUUAUGAAACCAACCUGUUUUUGUACAGACCAUGGGGUAAAAAUUUCGAAGGGUACUUUUUUUUUUAAAUUGUUGAUCAAGUAUCUAAAUGAACCAGAAGUCUGGAAAUUCUUUAAAGCUCCUGACUGCAAGCAACAUUCUUUUGGUUUACAGUCAUGUAUUCAGAGUACUCCAAAAACAGUGGUUCUUAUUUCUGCAGUAAUCCUGCCAUGCUCAUCAUCCAUUUCUUCAGCUCCAACACCAAAUUAAGAAUAUCCUGAUCUUGUUCACUGUUGCUGCAGUUCUGCAAAUCUCAGCAGUUUUAAGCUGCAGCUACUGGGACCUCGAGCACGGCCCUUAAACCUAAGUAUAAAAUGAGAAAUAUAAGUAGUUCUGAAUCAAGUCUGUUAAAAUGCUAUAAAUAUAUUUUUAAUGAUAAAAUUCAAUCAACAGCUGAGCUUCUCUGAUCUUAAAUUCUCUCAUGUUCUUCCUAAGUGGGUUUUCUUUGUCAGAUUUAGUCAUGUAAUAGGAUUAGAACCAUUUAUUUCCAAAUAUAUUUGAUGCUUUUGUUGUGAUUUACAUAUUUUCUUGAAAAGAGGAUUUAUCUUUUGUGGCUAAAAGCUGUUCACAUUACAGAAAAAAAGGAUUCCACUCUUCUUUCAAUACAUGUGUAUGGAUGAAAUUGUAUACAAAAUGUAUUGCAACCAAUUAUUUUUUUCUACAAAAGGGUUAAAGAAGCUGAUGUGGCAGUACACACACAUUAUGAGGGAUGUAAACCUCAUGCUUCUGCACAAUGGGUUUUAAGGCACUUAUUUGAUAUUGGAUGAUACUACUGAAUCUUUUAUAGCUAUUUAGUAACUUUGUUUAGACCAAACCUUGUUCAUAAUCCUGCAGAAGUUGUAAGAGAAGCACCAUUUCAAAAUCAAGUUACAGGCAAAUCACUUUGUUAGCCUAUUAAAUUUGCACAUCACCAGUUGUUUGUCCUUUUGUACAGAUUGAAUUUAUACAGUUAAGUUUGGUGCCUUGAUGCAUGUCAAGUAUUCUUGCAUCAAAGUUGUCCAGUUGUUGCACCCUAAUCUAUAAUGAAUUUAAAGAGCAUUUGCCACAUGACAAUUUAAGUUCACUAAAUAAAGAUCCAUAAAACUUCA